GAUCAGCGCGUCGAUCAGUCGACAUCCAUUUCCAAGUGCGAACAGACGCAAAUGCGAUCGCGGCCAUUCGACGGAACUCAAAUCGAGAGGAGACAAGAUAUGAUCACGAUUGGGCCCGACGGUCGCAAACCGCAAUCCCAAUGGAUUUCCACAACCAGAAUUUUAUCCUCCAAGAAUGUAUGUUUAGUGUUUGUCUACGUGUUCUCCGUUUCACGAUCGUCGAGUGAAUUGCAACUACAUUAGGCGGGGGAGAAAACGAAACAUUUGUGAGAUUUAUUUCGGGAGAAAGGACAGCUUGAUAUCGUUUUCUUUUUUUUACGAAGGGCUUAGUGAGGUGCGGUUUAGUGAGGUUUGUACAACAUUCGGUGUCGAAGCGAACUCGUCGAAACUAUUUUGCAGUGGUUUGGUUCGGCUGAAAUGACGGUUACGACUAACUUCUCGAUGAUGCGACCAUGUUUUACUGGAUAUCCCUUUCAAGUAAUGGAAGCGAUGAAAGGAGGAAGUGUAUCGGUUGUUGCAGACAUAGGAUCAAUACCGGGCCAGGGCCGCGUAAAUCAGCUCGGUGGUAUCUUCAUCAACGGACGACCGCUGCCUAAUCACGUCAGAUUGAAGAUUGUCGAGAUGGCCGCUGCCGGGGUCAGGCCGUGUGUUAUAUCGAGACAAUUGAGGGUGUCCCAUGGAUGCGUGUCGAAGAUUCUAAAUCGCUAUCAGGAAACUGGUAGCAUCAGGCCCGGAGUCAUCGGUGGCAGCAAACCGCGCGUGGCCACGCCGGAGGUGGAGACGAGAAUCGAGGAGUACAAGCGCGACAACCCGGGUAUGUUCUCGUGGGAAAUCAGGGAUCGACUGAUCAAAGAGGGCAUCUGCGAACGGACCAGCGCGCCGAGCGUGUCCGCAAUUUCUCGACUACUCCGUCGCGAUUCCGAAGACGACGUUAAACUAGGUGACGGAAAAACGAGUUCCGGAUCCGAUUGCGAGAGCGAACCGGGGAUCACGCUGAAAAGGAAGCAGCGCAGGAGCAGGACGACCUUCACGGCUCAUCAGCUGGACGAGUUGGAACGGGCGUUCGAGAAGACACAGUAUCCUGACAUCUACGUCAGGGAGGAGCUUGCCCAGAGGACGAGACUGUCGGAAGCCAGGAUCCAAGUGUGGUUCAGCAAUAGAAGAGCCAGACUGAGGAAACAUAUCUCUUCGUCGACGUCCGCUGGAUACGUCGGUUCCGUCGCCUAUCCGACCGGUUACGUUAUUCAUCCACCGGCACCGCCUCAUCCUCACGCGGGAGCGCCCGUACCGCCAGGCCAUCCGCAUCCUCAUCCGCAUCCGCAUCCUCAGAAUCUGCCGGACGCGGCGUUCUCUUCCGGUCAAGUUUCCGAACUGUAUUCAUCGCAUCAUGCAUCAGUGAGUCACCAAUUGGCGGACUCCGCGACACGACUACCCUCGUCUGUCGGAUCGACUUCGACUUACAGUUUUCCGGCCACGGUGACUUAUCCCAAUCUAUCGGUGCUAUCGCCGGCCUCGGCAACGACGGCUCAUAUGACUCACCAGGCGGCCUCCACAUCGUCCAGCUAUCAGCAAACGAGCAAUCAUCAGUUACCGCCGCCUCCGAACUCCCUCGUCACUAUGAUGGGUCCGAAUUCGGGCAAUUCGACAUCCGCUCCCGAUCAACUGGCCUCGUCGGAACUCCCGAUCAGCUCGGUUUCACCUCCUCAGCAGCAGCAGCAGCAGCAAUCACAGCAACAGCAAACGCAGCAACAGACUAGUCAAGGAACUACAUCGCCAUCAUGGAAUCUCGCAAUCACUGCAGCCAGCGGCAGUAGAGUCAAUCUAUCGAGUCCGCCGACGAGUCUGCAACAGCCUCAUGCCUACAGCGCUCAUCCCCAUCAAGCUUUUGCUAGCCCUUAUGCUGCGCAGAGCUUUCAACAGCCACCCAGGCCGGUGCCACAGUCCUUCUGGUAUUAAAGUAUGAUCUUAUAGUUGUUAAUUUUUAAACUCUUUAAAAGUUACAAAUUGGCCGACAUUUGUAUUGUUAAAAAAACCUGGAAAAGAGGCAUAGGUGAUGAUAGAUUCUAAUUACAUUGCUAAGCCUAUUUAAAGAAUAUCUUGAAGGAUUUUAAUAAUUCAGUCUGAUCACAUGACUACGAAAUGUAAUUAAUAUUGCUAUUUUGCAUGUGACAAUUUACACUAGCAUCUAGAUAGUUAGUUUAGUUAUCAAAUUCGUAACGUAUAAGGGAAACGUUAGGCUAACAAUAAGUUAAUGUAUCAAGAUAAGUUAGGCUGAAUUGUUUUCUUAAAGGAAACACGUGUAUAUACAUACAGAAUAUUAUACAUAUACGUGUAUAUUAUAUUAUAUAUAUAUAUAUAUUAUAUACAUACAUGGAUCAUAUACUAGGUAGCAGUUAUAAUUAAACUUUAUAAGAUAAAAUUGUGUACACAAAAUGAGUUUCAAGACGCUACGUCGAUCACUUCCAAAUAACAGAAACUUAUACUUUAUAAAGAUUUAUUAACAUUUGUUAAAUAUUUUACGAUACAAAACUGUAUAUACAUUUUUUUCCGAUUCAUAGAUUUCUACAUUUUAUUUUAAUUCCUCUUUUGCAAUGUUUUAUGUUUACAGUGCGACCAAAAAUUUAGCUUUUAAAUUGUAAAUAUGUAUUAAUACUUUUGUAUAUAUAUGAACAACGUUAUUUGAUUGCACUAGUUUUAAAAAUGCAAAAUGUUCCAGUUACUCAAUAUAUGUAUGUUGUACAUUGUAACUGUACAAUACAUAAAACACAUAUGCAUAUGAGAUUUAAGUGAUUGUGUACGCGAGCAGUGAGACGACAGCUUUGAAAAUCAAACUUACGAAAA